AUGGUCAACACAAACGAACUCUAUGACUUUCCCAAACCAACGCUUGCAAAAAUGGUGAAUAUCGGAGGAAUAGGACUUCAGCUGGAAGAUGCUAAACCACUGGCAUUGGAGUUUCAAAAGAUUUAUGAUGUCGCAGUUGGCGUAAUUGUGUUUUCCUUCGGCUCGGUAGCUCCUAGUCACAAAAUGCCGCUAACAUGGAAAAUGGCCUUUAUUGAAGCUUUCAGACGUUUUCCUAAUUACCAUUUCAUAUGGCGAUAUGCAGGAACAGAUUUGCAAGGUGGGUUCUUCGUAAUUCCCCCAUUUACUAGCACACUGAAACGUUGA